UGAACCCAUGUCUGCCCUCCAGUCUUUCACUCAACUGGGCAACAUCAAGUUUUUGCACUGUACACAAAUUCCACUGCUUCCUCCUAAUGGACAGAAAAAAUUAGGGUUAGGGUUUUGCAGCAAGGGGUAUGACUUUAUGAUUCAACUCUUUUUGAGGAAAUAAAGUAAAAAAAAAUGCAAGGGUUUGCUAUUCCGACAUCAAUUAUAUCAGGAUGCAAACCUCCCUUGUUGGCUUUGAUACCUUGCUGUGGCGCUGUAUCCAGAAGAACCAUCUGCACAUCAUUGUCACCAUUAAAAUGUAGGCACGUGUCAAAAUUGCACUCUGUGCGCGGUACAAUUAGAGCCCAGGCAUCUAGCAUUGGAUCGGGGGGCUAUGAGGAAAGAGACAAGGAAAGCACCUUCUCCAAUGGUUCACCCGGUGAAAAUUCAUCUAAAAUCGACAAGCCUCCUAAUCGAAUUCCUUAUACUCUCUCUAUAGCUGUUGUGCUAUUUGGAUGUGCUCUAUUAUAUUCAUUGAUUGCCUUUGUUAAAGGAGGGCCUUCAUCACUCUUAGAAGCAAUUGCAAAGUCUGGAUUUACUGCUGCAUUCACAUUGAUUUUUGUUUCUGAAAUUGGGGACAAGACAUUUUUUAUUGCGGCACUCUUGGCAAUGCAGUACGAGAAAGGACUGGUUCUUCUGGGAUCAAUGGGUGCUCUAUCACUAAUGACAGCCCUGUCAGUCAUAAUAGGACAGAUAUUUCAUUCAGUGCCUGCUCAAUUUCAAACAACAUUGCCAAUUGGAGAGUAUGCAGCAGCAACUCUUUUGAUGUUCUUUGGCCUCAAAUCAAUUAAAGAUGCGUGGGACCUUCCAUCAAAUGUAAUAAAAUCUGCUGACAAGAACUCUGAACUAGAUGAAUUUGUUGAAGCUGAGGAGCUUGUAAAGGAAAAGGUGUCAAAGCGGCUCACAAAUCCACUUGAAAUUGUGUGGAAAUCAUUUAGCCUUGUAUUUUUUGCUGAAUGGGGAGACCGCUCGAUGCUUGCUACAAUUGCUCUUGGUGCCGCACAGUCUCCUUGGGGUGUCGCAAGCGGAGCCAUUGCUGGACAUCUACUUGCAACAUUGAUUGCAAUUAUCGGAGGAGCGAUUCUUGCCAAAUACAUUUCUGAGAAACUGGUUGGCUACGUUGGUGGAGCUCUGUUUCUUGUUUUUGCCGUGGCCACUUUUUUCGGGGUUUUUUAAUGAUAUCUAAGGAGUCAAUAAUUAAAGAAAAAGAAAGAAAUCUCAGAGCAGCAACGGACAGAACACUGCCUAAACUGGAAAGCAAAGCCGGUUGAUUAUUACAAAAGAAUGUAGAGAAGGGGCCCGAGCUCUCUAGUAGAUCCUGCUGCAGGAACCCUCUUCAUUCUUUAUGGACCCAUAUGAAUCAUCCUGUAAAAAUGGUAGAGCUGUUUAACGAUUAACAUUAGAGAACCCCAUCCUCUGUUGAAAUAAUAUGGUGCAGUAUGUUCUCAGGGACCGCAGAACAACGGAUUCCGACACCAGGUUGCCCCAGCCUUUCACUUUUAACUCUUAGGUUUUGACAUGCGAGACUUGAUAAACAGCUGAUGAAUUUCUGAAAUUGAAUUUGACAAUAUCUUGAUAUAUUUGUUAGCACAUUGAGAAGUGUAAUGUUUUGAUGAGGCGUAGAGGAAUUGGCUAUUUUUAAAGACCUUAUGCCACUUGAAGUGCUUUUUUACUGAUUA